AUGCCUUUGGAUACGAUAUAUCUGACUCGCCAUGGGCACCGCCUCAACUGGACCAUUGACUUCCGGACGGGCGCAUACAAGUCCCAAUUCCCCACGCCGACAGGAAACCCAGCAGACCCCGCGCUGACCUCGCACGGUGUGCACCAGUCACACGAACUGGCGGUGCACAUAAUCGACCCCGAAUUUCACCCUAAGCCGUUCCGUGUCUACUCGAGUCCCUUCUACCGCUGCCUCCAAACAAUCCAGCCAUCUGUUGAAAAGCUGAAGAGAAUAUCAACCGAAUCUGGAAAGAGCCAGCACAAUGGCCAGAUUGGGUCAAUUGAUCGGCAUGCGGAGUUUGAUGUACGAAUUGAAAAUGGGCUAGGAGAAUGGUUCGGUGCGACAGACUUCUUCGACCACCCGGCCCACCCAACCCUCCAAAUAAUGUCCACCCACUUCCCAACCCUCCUCCCAGAAGCCAGCCAAAUCUACAAGCCCCUGCUCAUCCCUUCAAGACGCGGCGAAACAAUUACGCAGCUCCACAACCGUGUAGCAACAACCCUGGAAGGCAUAAUCGCCGACAUCGACGCAGAAGUCUCUGCCCUGGAAGCAGAUCUACCACCAGACCAAAGAACCAGCAAGUCUGUGCUAAUCUGCGCGCAUGCUGCGCCGCUCAUUGCUAUGGGACGAGCUCUUACCGGCCACAUGCCAGAUGAUAGUUCCGAAGAGGACUUUAAUGUUUUCACAGCUGGUUUGAGUACUUUUAAGAGGAGGGGGACUUCUUCUACUGCUAGUACUAUACAGAGCGGUGAUCAGGAAGAAUGCUCGAGUCAGAAGCCGCUUGCCGAGGGUACGACGUUCAUUCGUGCGUCGGGGUCCCCGCCGCAGUGGAAGAAUGGGCGCGGUGUUGGGGGUGGAUGGGAUUGUUUGGCGAAUGGAGACUGUAGCUUUUUGAGUGGUGGUGCCGAGCGUGGAUGGCACUUUGAUGGCGAGGAAUCCUUUAAUACAGGCCCUAUGGCUCCGCCUUCUGAGCCACCUGCGAAUGCAGGUGCCACGAAGUUGUGA